AUGGCAAUAAUUGUGACUAUUUCGGUUUUUAGUCAUAUUAAAUCAGAAGACUACAUCGAAAUAACUGUUCGAUUAGCAACUCAUGCUAUAUUAGGACAAUGCAACGUAGCUAUUAAAAGCAUCGAAAGUUCGUCUUAUAAUAUAUCUAAUGAAUCUAAAACUUCUGAAAUUUUCAGAGAGCCAAUUGCACUUAUAGUGUCUGCGAUUUCGUGUCAGAAUGACUUAAUAAAAUCCAAUGUUCUUAAAUGUUAUGGAUUAAAAUUACCUUUUUCUAAUGAAUUGCACGAUGAUAUUUAUUUGUCUGUAGCUAUUUGUAAUGGAGAACGCCCACAAGCUAAUGGAAAUGUAGUUAUACCUAAAUGUUAUAAAGAAUUAAUGGUAAAAUGUUGGGAUAAUAAUCCAUCAAAUAGACCAAAUAUUAAUGAAUUAUAUGAAAUAUUAAGAGGAUGGUAUCUUGCUGGAAUAAAUGAUAAUCAAUUUAAGGAUGCAAAUAAUAGCAAAAACAAUAAUGUUAAAACCUUUAAUCCACUUAAGCAACCGCCAUGGAAUAGUGAAUUUAUAUCAACUAUGCAUAUAACAGAUGAAAUUCCUGAACAAACGAAUACCAGGAACGGAAUGAUAGCUACGAAAUGUGCUUAUGUUAAACCAGGAAUGGAUGCAUCAGUGGAUUAUAUUCAAAGUUUUGAAAGCUUAAAACUUUUAUAG